CGGUUGGUUAGGGCUCUGGUUGGGUGGAGUGCUCAAACCGAAAGUUAACCUACGCGAGACAUUGUUUGAGAAUCAAUCUUCGUAACCAGACAAAUUGUCUUCACGUUGCUGUUCUCUUUUGUAAAGGGAAAGAAUAGUAGCAGUGUAUCUAAAGCCCACCUAAGGAGAGAGUGAGGAGGGGUCACCACUUUAAAAACGACACAAAGAUGGAGAAUGGCACUAAAGCAUCUUCAGGGCCGAGCUGUGUGUUUGUGAAGAGUAGAGAAUCCAUUCAUUUUUCUCACCCUUGUCUCAGUGAUGAAGCAGAGUCUGACCCCAGGCAGCUCAGCAGAGAAUCAAACCUGCUGGAGAAGCUUGAAGACCUGCUGCAGGAUUCUCAUAUACCAGUGGAUGAUGUUCUUCAGAGAGUCAAAGACCAGCACAAAACCAGUAUGAAGAAGAAGUAUGAGAGCUUUUUUGAGGGAAUCAGACUACAAGAGAAUCAAACCCUCCUAAAGAGGAUUUACACACAACUGUACAUCAUAGAAGGAGAGAGUGAAGGAGUGAAUGAGGAACAUGAGGUCUUACACAUGGAGAAAAACACCAGACAACAACACUUACAAGACACAAAAAUCUCCUGCAAUGAUAUCUUUGAACCCUUACCUGAAAAAGGAUAUAAAACAGAGAAAAGAAGGAAAAAAGAAAAGAUCAAAAGUGUUCUUACUAAAGGCAUCGCUGGAAUUGGAAAAUCUGUCUCUGUACAAAGGUUCAUUUUGGAUUGGGCUGAGGGAACAGCAAAUCAGGAUGUAGAUUUCAUGUUUGUAUUUCAAUUUCGAGAACUGAACUUGAUUAAAGAUACUCAGUACAGUCUUCACAAGCUUCUGCUUGACUUUUAUCCUGAACUUCAAGAUCUAGACUCAAAGAUUUAUGAUGAGUGUAAACUUGUGUUCAUCUUUGAUGGUUUGGAUGAAAACAGAAUGACAUUGAUGUUUUCAGACAGUCAGAAAGUUUCGGAUGUGACUAAGACUUCACAAGUGUCUGUGUUGAUAUCAAACAUCAUGAAAGGGGAUCUGCUUCCCUCUGCGCUCAUCUGGAUCACCACCAGACCAGCAGCAGCCAAUCAGAUUCCAUCUAAAUACAUCAACCGUGUGACAGAAAUCCAUGGAUUCAAUGACACUCAAAAGGAGGAAUAUUUCAGGAGGAGAAUCAGUGAUGAACAUCAAGCCAGCAAAAUCAUCUCACAUAUUAAAAGAUCUAGAAGUCUCCACAUCAUGUGUCAUAUACCAGUCUUUUGUUGGAUCUCAUCCACUGUGCUUCAAAACAUCCUGAAACAAGACAAUAAGAGAGGAGAAAUCCCUAAAACUCUGACAGAAAUGUACAUCCACUGCCUGCUGAUUCAGACGAAUGUGAUGAAUCAGAAGUAUGAUUCUUUCAAUAGAGAUGUGAUUGUGAAACUAUCUGAACUGGCUUUCAAACAACUGAUGAAGGGUAACAUGACGUUUUAUGAGGAGGAGCUGAGAGAGUGUGGCAUAGACAUCACUGACGCCUCAGUAUAUUCUGGGAUUUGUACUGAGAUCUUUAAGGAGGAAUAUAUGAUACAUCAGAGAAAAAUCUACUGCUUCAUACAUCUCAGCUUUCAAGAAUUUCUGGCUGCUUUCUAUUUGUUUUACCAUUAUGUCAUUAAAAAUGCUGACACAUUAAAGUUUCUUGAUGUUGUUCAUAGUCUCCAUAGAAAGACAAUAGAUGAAGCCCUUAAGAGUGAGAAUGGACAUCUAGAUCUUGUUUUGCGAUUCCUGCUGGGCAUCUCACUGGAAUCCAAUCAGAGACUCUUAAAGGAUCUACUGAAACACACUGUGGACACCUCAGAAACCAUCAGGGAAACCACACAGUACAUUAAAGAUAAAAUUAAACACGAUCAUGUCUCAGCUGAAAGAUCCAUCAAUCUGUUUCUGUGUCAGCUUGAAGUGAAUGAUCAGUCUCUGUACAAAGAGAUUGAGGAGUUUCUGAGAUCAGACAAACACUCAGAGAAGAAACUCUCAGCUGCUCAAUGUUCAGCAAUAGCCUACAUGCUUCAGAUGUCAGAGGAGGUGCUGGAUGAGCUCAAUCUGAAGAAAUACAAUACAACAGAGGAGGGGAGAAGACGACUUAUACCAGCUGUCAUCAACUGCACAAGAGCGCUACUUGCUAACUGUAAUCUCACUGGACAGUAUUGUAAUAUUGUGGCUUCAGCUCUACAAUCAUCAAGAUCUCUUCUAAAAGAGUUGGACCUGAGUAACAAUGACCUGCAAGAUUCAGGAGUAAAGCUCAUCUCUGAUGCUCUCAAGAGUGACAACUGUAAAUUAGAGAUACUGAGGUUAUCAGGUUGUAUGGUGACAGAUUCAGGUUGCUGUUAUUUGGCUUUAGCUCUGAGUUCAAACCCACUAUCAUGCCUGAAAGAGUUGGAUCUGAGCUACAAUCACCCAGAACAUUCAGGAAUUCAGAUGCUUUCUGAUAGACUCAAUGAUCCAAACUGUACACUCAACAAACUCAAUUUGGAGCAUGGAGGACCUUGCAGGAUCAAACCGAGACUAAGAAAAUAUGCCUGUGAUCUCACACUUGAUCCAAACACAGCAUACGCUCACCUUAAACUGUCUGAGAACAACAGAAGGGUCAAACAUGUCAAAGAUGCUUUGCCGUAUCCUUAUCAUCCAGAGAGAUUUGAAGGUGUUCCUCAGGUUCUGUGUAAGGAGAGUCUGACUGGACGCUGUUACUGGGAGGUUGACUGGGAUGUGUGGGCCCGUAUAGCAGUGAGCUAUAAAGGAAUCACCAGGAAAGAGGGAAGUAACAGUUUGUUUGGACUUCAUGAAAACUCCUGGAAUCUUUUCUGCACUGUUAACGGAUUCAACCUCUGGCACAAUAAUAUAAAUAAAGACAUAUCUAUCCUUUCACCUCCCUCUAAAAGAGUUGGAGUUUAUCUGGAUUGGCCAGCUGGCACUCUGUCCUUCUACAGCGUAUCUGAUGCACAAACACUUACACACUUACACACAGUCAAGAGUAAAUUCACUGAACCUCUCUAUGCUGGAUUUAUGGUCCAGCAUGAAGUGUCAAUUGUCAGAUUUAAAAAUGACAUAGAAUGAUUGAACGGGGUAUUUAUCCUUGUUCUGUGAUGUGACAUGUAGACAAAACAAUUUUUGUUUGGGUCUGUAAUGCCUUAAAAGCGUCCUAAAAACCUCUCUCAGAUAGCUCUAUAAGGGUGGGGGAAUUUAAACAAGUGGUUUUGCACCUAUUUGCUCCCCCUGCUGGCUUAACUUGCAAUCUUAUUACUGAUUGGCUGACUUUGCUGCCACUCAAAAAAUGUAACCAAUUAUUUUAAAGUGGAGGGGCAGUGAGAUGCCUGUGAUGUCAUAAGCAUCAGUUUUUCAGAUUGGGCCGUUUUUCUUGCUGACUAAAAUUUCUAAAAUAGGAAUUUCUAUGAGACUGAGAUGUUAAGCAUGUUUAGCACUUUUUGUAUGUUUGUGAAUGUGGGUAGACUACCAUUAUUCAACAAAAACAAGGUAAAAAUGGUUUUUCAUUCUCUGUCCCCUUUAAAAACACUGAGUAAUCAUUCAGUUUUGUGAAUAUAGCAACUAAACUAUAUUCCAGGACAGAAGAUCCUAGCAUCCAUCUAGCAUCUUGUUUUUUGGACAGUCAAGAAAAGGUUAGUAUUUGUGAAUCAUAAAGGUUUUUAUUGCAUUAAUAAUCUGUUCCUCCCAUGUAUACAUUUAAAUUCCGUUGGAACAAACAGAGCAUAUGAAAACAUUUUAAAAAAUCACAUAAUGUGUUAAAAUAUUUAUGAAAAUCAUUGCUCAAAAAGAACAAAAGUUAAAUACAUGUUUAUUUUAUUAAGUCUCUUUUUUAUACUUGAAAGUGUACUUAUGUUUCAUGAUUGUUGGUGUAGUGCUUGUAUUGGUUAAGAUUUAAACUUGUUUUUUAUGUUAUGUUAUA